UAGAGAAGGUCGCUCAGACUUUUGCACGAACACCUAAAAGUUCAAUGGUCCAAAAGGACGGCUCUGGUCUAGAGAUAGAUAAAGAGAGGACCGCUUCAGAGAACGUUAUCACGAAAGAUCAAAUCACAAUUCAUCAUCCACCACCGGAAACUCCUUAUCGUACGCCUCUCUGCCAUUAAGUCCUUUUAUCGUACGCAUACGCCAGUAUUCUCCAAAGUACAAAAUAGAAAGAGACAGUAAAAGAGUUUCUACGACUUUCAAGUACAAAGCUUUGUCUGGAACAAAUCUUUAGGUAUAUGAUAAAAAAGGAAUGAUGUCCCAUGACUUCUGUGUCUGCUUCAUGCAACAUGUCGGCUUAGAUUUGGUUACAAAAGAUGCAAUCUAAACUUUAGGAUAAGGUUUUUCAGAUUUCUAUCUCCCCCUUUGGAAUAGUUUUUGUCAGAGAGCAGAAAAAAAAAAGUAAAAUCAAUGGCGAAUCCUUGGUGGGUAGGGAACGUUGCUAUGGGAGGAGUGGAGAGUCCAGUGACGUCAUCAGCUCCGUCUAUGCACCACAGAAGCAAUAACCCGAGUAUGCCCCGGUCGGAUCCAAGAUUGGACCAUGACUUCGCCAACAACAGUGGAAGCCCUAACACUCAGACACAGACACAGAACAGCCAAGAGGAACCUAAUAGCCGAGACGAGGUACUUGCUAUCGAACCCGGAUCUGGAUCCGGGUCUACGGGUCGACGUCCGAGAGGGAGACCUCCAGGUUCCAAGAACAAACCGAAGAACCCAGUGGUUGUCUCCAAAGAAAGUCCCAACUCGCUGCAAAGCCACGUCCUCGAGAUCGCCACGGGAACUGACGUGGCGGAAGCCCUAAACGCCUUCGCUCGUAGACGCGGGAGAGGCGUUUCUGUUCUGAGCGGUAGCGGUUUGGUGACUAAUGUUACUCUGCGACAGCCUGCUGUGUCUGGAGGAGUUUUGUCUCUUCGUGGUCAGUUUGAGAUCUUGUCUAUGUGCGGUGCUUUUCUUCCGACUUCAGGUUCUCCGGCAGCCGCGGCCGGUUUAACGGUUUACUUAGCUGGAGCUCAGGGUCAAGUCCUGGGAGGUGGAGUCGCUGGACCGCUUACUGCUUCUGGACCGGUUAUUGUUAUCGCUGCUACGUUUUCCAAUGCUACUUACGAGAGGUUACCUAUUGAAGAUGACCAGCAGCAACCGCAACUAGAAGAAGCUAAGAAGGAGAAAGAGAAAGACGAUAACGAGAGUGGGAAUGAUGGUAACGAAGGGUCCAUGCAGCCGCUGCCGCCGCCGAUGUAUAAUAUGCCUCCUGGUUUUAUGCCAAAUGGUCAGCAAAUGGCUCAACACGAUGUGUAUUGGGGUGCUCCUCCUCCUCGUGGUCCUCCUUCAUAUUGAUAAUUAGAUAGGUGAUGGUUGCAAGGUGUUCUUUUAGCUCGGAGGAUUAUGUUUCCAUCUGUUGAAAUUAUUUAGGGGUGGUUAGACUUUUGUUUAUUAAGCUCGGACGAUGUCUAGCUAGUGUUUGUUUGUUUUGUGGCGGUGAUUACUAGUUUUUCUGACUGAUAUCGGAUAGUUUUGUUAUGAAUGUUGUUGACUGAUCAUAGAAUCGCCUUGGAGCUUUGAUGUUCUUCUCUUUAUUUUGUGGAUAAACCUCAGCAGAGUCUUUAUGAGAAAUGGCGUGUGUGGAGUGUGAUUCUUGUUCAUC